AUGGACGGUGACUUCGGCGCGACCGGGGGCGGCUUCGGCGACAUGGCCGACUUCACGUCCUCCCACGACAUCGCUCUGAACCCUCCAGCGCUGUCCCCGGACGCCGUUUCCCCCUUCUCGUCGCGUUCUCCGCGCCGCGACCAGAGCAGGCAGCCCCAACUGAGCAGCGGCAGCGGCGGGUACGAGGACGGCAGCUCCUCGAUGUAUUCACAGAACGACAACGGUUUCCUGAAUGGCGUGCGCAACUCCUCUCAAGACGAUGACUCGUUUUUCGCCGGGGAACAACGUGCCGACGACUCUUUCCUUGAAGAGAACGACGUGUUUGUGGUGGACCGGGGGAACAGAGACAGAGAAAUGGGGGCGGGAGGCUACGCGCCACCGGCUCUCCACACCGAGGGCGAAGCCGGGCAAAAGAGAGACAUGCGAUUUGACGAAGAGGUACUGGGUUCUCAGGGACAGGUCAAUGGUGUUUAUGGCCUUGCGAAGGAGAGAUCUCCAAGAGAAGGAAAGCAAGAAGAGGUCCCGCAGGAAACUCCCACUCAGCAGGGGCCACGGAUGAUCAGUGGAAAUCUCGAGACAGAAGUCGACGAACGGGUUCGACAAGCUGCGGAGGCCAUGCAGGAGCAAAUGAGGCAGGAAGUGGAAGGCAGGAGGAAAGAGGAGGAAGCUCUGAAGCGUGAACAGAGAGAUCUUGCGCAGGAAGAACUCAAGGACUUCUACGAACGCAGAAAACAGCUAAUCGACAGAAGGAGCAAGGCGAAUCAGGCGAAGGAGAAUGAGACACCCAAUGGUUUCUCCAGUGCCCGGGAGGGCAGUUGGAGCCGCGUGGUGCAGUUGAUUGAUGCAGAUGACAAGGUUCGCUCACGGGUAGGAAGCAGCGCUGGAACGGCGACAUCCGGCAGCGCUGCCUCUGCGAGUUCUUCCAAGGAUCGGUGUAAAAUGAGGGAUUUGCUGAUGGAGUUAAGUGCGCAAGAGAAGGAAGAGUCCCACUGA